CAAAGCCAAACUCAUUGAGACUCUCUGGAGGAGCAGCGGAGGCUCAAAGCAUGGCCCGUCUGGAGGCCAAGCCUAAUAAUGCCUUUCUAAAGCACUUAGGGCGUGCCAUGGCAAGUCAUUGUCCAGAGCACAAGUGGGCCUCCUCAAGACAACGUCCUGGAUGGAGAUCCAUCUUCCACCCUAAAAAUGACCAGGAUGAACAGGAUGAAGAGGAUGUGGGUGCUGAAGGUGACCUUCUCCAGUCACAACCAGGGAAACAAGAGGUGUCCCUCCAGGUGGAGUCUAUUGUGGACUCGAUCAGCAGUUCUGAACUCAGUGACAGCAAGCAAAUGGAGGCCCUGGACCUCCAGGGUUUCUCCCCACGGAGGUCAGGAGUCACAAAGAGAAGUGUGACCAAAAGAGGACAGGCUACGGAAGUCAACCAAGGCCCGAGCAAGUCUAUGGAAAGUUCUGGGCCAAGUGUGGGGUGGAGUGAUGCUUUACCGGAGGGGAAACAGAUCCCCAUUGAAGCGUUCCAGGAGGAUCCCACAGAGUCACAUGUCACAUCCGACAGCCAGGAAGCUGAUGCCCAAGUGAGACCCUCUGGGCUCGCUCAGGACUCUCUCAUCAGUGUGUCAAAAAAGUCCCAUUCCACCUCCAAGUUAAAUGUGAAGGGUGUCGGAACGGCGAGUAGCAACAAAAGAAAAAAGAAGGGGAAGCCGGGAAUGCAAGGAGAUGAUCUGCACUUUGUUGGACCUCCAUCUGUAGAUGCAGAUUCUCAUAAGUGCGUAACCAGCAAGAAGGAGAAGCCCGUGCAAAUGCUUGAAAACCAAAUGCCGGAAGACGUGAAAGCACAAAAGCAAAGGAGCAAUCACAACUUAGCUGAAGGGGAGCCAACAAGUGAAACCAAACCCAAAGUGCCCAAAACGCUAGCCAAACCAACACUCCGAAUGAGUCACCAAGAGGAGAAGAAGCCAGAAGAAGUCCUCGGAUCAGGCCCUUUCUUUUAUAUCGGAGGAGCUAACGGGGUGGAUAUACUGAACCUUUACUGCAAGAACAAGGGCUGGCAGCGUAUUUAUGACAACCGGAGGGACGAUUAUCUCCUGAAAUGGUCCGAGAUCAAGUUCAGAGACACCUAUUAUGCCUUCAAAGAAGGAGAACAGCUGCUCUACCAGAUCCCGAACAACAAGAUCCUCACCACCAAGAUAGGUCUUCUCAUGAACCUCCGGGAGUACGAACGGGUCAUGAGGAAGGUCAACCGAGUUGCGAAACUGCUGAGAAUGGAAGACUUUUUCCCUGAGACUUUCCGUUUGGACACAAAAGAUGAGAGAGAACUCUUCUUUGAAACAUACAAAGAACCCCAUAUUUGGAUCUGUAAGCCAACCAGCUCGAACCAAGGCCGAGGGAUCUUCCUCGUGAAGAACCAGGCGGAAGUCAAUGACUUGCAAACCAGGCUCCAGAGCAUCGAAGAAGAUCCCGUGUACAAGAAGCUGCCCUACCGAAUCCCUCCGGCGAGAAUCGUGCAAAGAUACAUUGACAAGCCAUUACUCCUCGAGGGGAAGAAGUUCGAUGUCCGUUCUUAUCUCCUCAUCUCCUGCACCGUGCCGUACAUGCUCUUCUUUGGCCAUGGCUAUGUCCGCCUCACAUGUCUCAAAUAUGACCCUCGGUCAGAAGACCUCACAUCUCACCUGACCAAUCAGUAUGUGCAGAAGAAGAGCCCCUUGUACCCCCAUGUUAAGGAGGAGACGGUGUGGUGCAUGGAUCGUUUCAACACUUACGUCAACGAGAAAUUCAGGGAGAUCAAAGGACUGCCCAAGGACUGGGUCUUCAAUGGAUUUACGAAAAGAAUGAAGGAAAUCAUGCUGCAGUGCUUCCUGGCCGUCAAGUCAAAGUUGGACUGCAAGCUCGGCUACUUCGACCUCAUUGGCUGUGACUUCUUGAUUGACGAAGACUUCAAGGUAUGGCUACUGGAGAUGAAUUCCAAUCCUGCUUUGCACACGAAUUGCAAUGCUUUGAAGAGUAUCAUUCCAUUGGUGGUGAACGAAACUCUGGACCUGGUGAUUGAGAUCUUCACCAAGAUCCAGAAGGGCGAGAAUAUCCUCCCGCUGGAUUCGCUCUAUCACUUUUCUCUCCUCUACAACGGGGUGGCCUCAGACAGCGGGCUCUCCCAGACCAACCGGAGCAGGACUUCCCUCCGUUCGCUCCAGGGUCAUCGGUCUCACCCUGAGGUCGGCAGUACCGCCAACACCGCCAGUGCCGGCAACGCCGCCAACACCUCCAGUGGCAGUACCAUCAACACCGACUAUGCCGUCAACAGCAGUAGCCACUCAUUGGACAAGCCGUCGUCCAAAACUCUGGAGAAGGCACUCAAAGGAGAGGAUGCGAAGAGUGUGACGGUCAUGCCUCUGGAAGGGCUGUCUCUCCCUCCCAGCAAAGGGAUCUCUCGGGACCCCCUCCCCAUGCCCCAGAUCCAGAUCUCCAUCAUCCCCAACCUCUCCUGCUGCCCCUCGGUGAAGGCCAUCCUCCGGGGCAACCAGGUCUGCAACAGCGGGAGCCAGUAUAUCAUCAGGCAUGUGCCGGAAACGCUGGAGGCUGACGGGAGUGAUGACCAAGGCAAAGCCAACCCUCUCGCCGUCGCCCGGGGCCUCUCCAAGGACAAGUCUUACGCCGCUUGGUUCCAGCAGACCUUCGGGACCAAGUUGGUGCUGGGCCCCAGCAGCAAUGGGGCCAGGGGCCCGCUGACCAGCUCCCAGAUGCUUUCGCUCCACCUCCAGUCCGACCUCCCGCCCAGCCUCCCCAACUUCCAGGAAUUCCCCAAGCCCUACUGGCAUCUCACGACCCAUGCCAAGACGCCGCCGGACAGCCCCAAGACCGUUGCGAAGGCCCCCGGCCGCAGUGGAGACGAUUCGCUCUCUGAAGAGAAAAAGACCUCCCACCGUGGCUCAUGAGCCAAGAUCAUUGUGUAUUUGAAGAGCCCUUGUUCUUUUUCCUAUAAAGGACAACAAGAAAAAAAAUCAUAGCUCCUAACCUGUGAUGUGUUUGAGCC